AUGAUUGAUAACUACAAAUACUGGCAUGAACAAUUACCUUAUGCAUUGCUGGGAUACCGCACUACUCCUAGGACUUCAACUGGAGCCACUCCGUACAUGUUGGUUUAUGGCACUGAAGCAAUAAUACCAGUUGAAGUAGAAAUCCCUUCACUUCGAAUAAUACAAGAAGCUGAGUUAGACGAUACGGAAUGGAUCCGCAAGAGGUAUGAGGAACUGGCUCUGAUAGAUGAAAAGUGGAUGAUUGUUGUUUCCCAUGGCCAAUUGUACCAACAAAGGAUGGCGCGAGCUUUCAAAAAACACAUAAGAACUAGGGUGUUUCAAAUCGGCCAAUUGGUGCUCAAACGAAUAUUCCCUAAUCAAGAAGAAUACAAAAGAAAGUUCGCACCAAGCUGGCAAGGCCCUUAUAUGGUGCGAAAGGUACCAUCAAGAGGAGUUGUAGUGCUUGCAGAAAUGGAUGGUCAAGAGUGGCCAAGGGAAAUAAAUUCAGAUGCCAACAAGAGAAGCUACGUGUGA